UUCUGGGGGCAAAGCGAGACCGCAUCCGGAGCCCAGUCAUUGAGCACUGCUGUACCAGCUGCAGGCAAACAUCCCCCCAAAAUGCUCCAGAAACAUCCCUGACAUCUGCAGAACAUCCCAUCCAUCUGCUCUGUGCCCCGAAGGCAGGACGGACGCACGGAGGUCUCCGCACCCCAGGUAACACCCAAUGGGCACCCAAUGCGCCGCGCUCGGUGUGGUGCUGGGCAGCAUAGGGCUGUGCUGGGGCUGUGCUGUGCUCUGCGCUGUGCUGAGCUCUAGUGCUAAAACUGAGCUCCCAGGUCAGGCAGGAAUAGGUUUGAAGUCAUUUGGGGCAACGCCGUGGGUUUGCUUACCUUCAGAUUGAGCGUCGACAUCUUGUAUUCGCAGCUCAACCAGCCAAGCGCUCUACAAACCUUGAGUGCAAUGGGGCAUCUUGCUAUAGGUGGGGUUAAUACACUGGGGGUGGGCAGGAGGGGGCUCACAACCCCUGAGACACCAAAGAAAGUACAUGUGCUGCAGCCCUUAUCUACAAAAUAGGUAUUUCAAGGCGCAUCUGUGCGUUAAUCUCUUCCAUCUCAGUGCACCCCAGCAAAGAAGCUGCCUGCUGCUGGUGUUUGGGUUUGGGUCCUGCUUUGCUGUUUCCUUCUAAGCAGUUCACUUCUCAGAUUGCUAUCUGCUGCUGCAGCAUCUCCUGCACCAAAAUAGGAAAUGAGCCGCUCGAACGACGGCCAUUUGAGGAGGAUAUCUGGGGAGAGCUCAGAUCAAUGAGGGAAGGGGAAAAUCCUGGUAAGGCAUGGACUCCUAGCUCAGCAGGUGCCCAAGGUUGGGUAAGUGGAAUGGUGCAGGAAAACGAUGAUAUUCUGAUGCUUUACUCUUGGGAUUUUGGCCCAAGGGAUGGAUAGGGCCUUCGCUCUGUCGAUCUGCAUUUAUCACUCACAUCAUUAUGGCUCCUUUAAUCACCAUCUCUAAGCUUUAGCUGAAGAUACCUCUGCAUGAAAACCGAGGGCACUUUUUUGCGAGUGAGCACUGAUGAAAUGAAAGCUCUUGAUUGCUGUCCUUCAUUAUAAAUCCUCAAGCAGUACAGCCAAAAAUCCCAAGCCAAGGAGCCCGCUUCAGGCACACGUAUUAUCUGAUGUGCUUUAAGUCCUGUCAGCUUCAGCAGGAUUGAGGCUCUCGCCUACAAUGAAAUCCGAGGUGUUUCAAGCACAGUUAAAGGGAAGUGCACUCCUCCAUUUGCAUUGGGAUUUGAGCAAAUGAUUUCCUGCAGCACUUGGAAAAUCCUCUCCCAGGUGCCCGGCGGGCGGCAGUGAAGCAUCAAGCACAGCUUUGCCUUUUGGUUACUUUCUUCUACGAUUUAUUUUUGUCUCCAGAUGAGAGUUAUUGAGUAUUUUUUUGCAGAUUAAAAGGAAAAAAAAAAAAAAAAAAGUGAAGAAAUGUGGAAGAGGAUUAAAGCAAGGAGGAUGCAUUGCAGCUGGCGGUGAUGGGGCUGUUAUCAGCCCCGAAGCUCCGUGCUGGGAGCAGAUAGAGCUGAGGGGAUAAGGGCAGAGGGAAGGCAGAGCAUAGGGGUGUGUGGGGCUGCCCAUGUCUGUCUGUCUGUCUGUCUCCAGGAACCUCGGGGACGUUGCUGGCACCACACUGACGACGGAGAUGGAGCGCUGUGAGUGGUGGGUUCCUGUCGCCACCUCAGCUGUGACCCUGCUGCUCAGUGCUCUGCUCCUGCUGCUGCUUUACAUCAUGCUCAGCAGGAAAAUAGACAGGCACUGCUGCAGCGCACCGGUGAAAAGUGGUCCCACAGCACAGCCCCAGCAACCACCCAUCUCUUCAGCUGGAGGGGAAGGGGUGCAACAACCAAACUACACGGAAGGCAGCAGCGAGACGUCUUCAGAGACCUCAGAGGACUCAGACAGCAGCUCUCUGCACCCGCAGGAAAGGAAAACCUGCUCAAAGGAAGACCUCAACUACACAUCCGUGCUGUUCCCAGGGAAAGGCCGUGGAUCAGGCUCUGAUAGGAACUACGAGAACAUAAAGAUCGGCGCUGAUUACGUCAACGUGGACCCAAAAAAGAAGAAAGCAGAUUUUUGGACCUGCUCCAGCCCUGUGGCAUCCAAAUCCAUCGAAUACACAGAGGUGAAGCUGUGAAACUCCCUGGGGUCCCACAGCAGCCACUGCUCUGUGCCCAGGUCAGUGCUGGCACAGGGCUGCUGCCAUUCCCUGUGAUGGUGCAGCUCCCCCCAGGGAUCUCUCAGGGUCGGAGGCUGUGGGUGUGGGGUGAUGUGGGGCUGCCCCACACCUCCCUGUGGGGAAACGCUCCUUCUCAGACUGCCACAAGCUCUGCACAUGUGUGUGUGAACGCCAUUUUCUCAUCCUGUGAAAGCAAAAGCUCCCCCAGCGGGAUGUGGGUAAGAGAGGGAAAUGCAAUCAUUUCCAAAACAUCUCUCCAUUGGGCUGACAUAUCCUGUGAAUAAUGCUUCCUUUGCUGAUUGCUGUCAUAAAAACCUUUUAAAUAUGCUCCAUCCACCGGCUUCACCCUUCCUGCCCUCACACUGAGCCCUCCACCCUGCACCCCAUUUUCCUUUGAUGCUAAACCCCCUCAGGGCCUCAUCAUAGCCCAUCACCUGGCACUGGGGUGGGCACUAUGGGCAUUGCCUCUUCCAGCUGCUGGAGAUCACUGGGGCUCUAAAUCUGCUUUGUGGGAUGUGGGAGAAGCAGGAUGGGACAGUGGCAUCUGUGCAUGAGUAAAUCACUGCAUUGCAUUUUCCCUGCCUCCCACCUUUUGCUUUCCCUGCAGCAAACGUGUGGGGUGCAGGAGGUGAUCUUCCCCACCCGAGCUGUGAGUGUGGCUCCCACCUCAGUUGCAGCUCGGUGUGACUGACCAUGGCUCACCUGGGAUGCUGCAGGGACAGCAGGAAGAAAUCCCAUUGCCUCCAGGUCCUGUGCCCUGCAGAUGCUCUGCUCCUCGCUAAAUAAGACAAAAGAAGCAGCAGCAGCGA